AUGCACUACAACACUUUGGCUGCCAUGGCCCUUGCGGCCUCUACUGCCGAGGCUGUCUCCCAGGGUUUCAACUACGGCAACAAGAAGGCCGAUGAGAGCUCCAUGUUCCAGGCCGACUUCGAGGCCUCCUUCAAGACCGCCAAGGGUCUGGUUGGCACUGACGGUGGCUUCACCAGCGCUCGUCUCUACACCAUGAUCCAAGCCUACAGCACCAACACCCCCAUCGAGGCCAUCCCCGCUGCUAUCGCCCAAGACACCUCGCUCCUCCUCGGUCUGUGGACCUCCGGUGGUGGCAUGGCCAACGAGCUCGCUGCCCUCAAGUCCGCCAUCUCCCAGUACGGUGAGGACUUCACCAAGCUCGUUGUCGGUAUCUCCGUCGGCAGUGAGGAUCUCUACCGCAACUCCGUCGAGGGUGUUGAGGCCUCCGCCGGUGUCGGUGUCAACCCCGACGAGCUCGUCGAGUACAUCCAGCAGGUCCGUGACUUGAUCGCCGGCACCGGACUGGCUGAUGUUCCCAUCGGCCACGUCGACACCUGGGACUCCUGGACCAACACCUCCAACGCGGCUGUCAUUGAGGCCGUCGACUGGCUCGGUUUCGACGGCUACCCCUUCUGGCAGUCGACCUUUGAGAACGACAUCAACAACGCCAAGCAGCUCUUCCUCGAUUCGUGGGAGAAGACCAAGGCCGUUGCCGGCAGCAAGGAGGUCUGGAUGACCGAGACCGGAUGGCCCGUCAGCGGUGACUCCGAGGGCGAUGCGGUCGCCAAUGCCGCCAACGCCAAGAUCUACUGGGAUGAGGUGGGUUGCCCUCUGUUCGGCAACACCAACACCUGGUGGUACAUUCUCCAGGACACCGACGGUGCCACCCCCAACCCCAGCUUCGGCGUUGUUGGUAGCACCCUGAGCACCACUCCUCUGUACGACCUGUCUUGCAAGAACUCCACUUCUUCCGCCACCUCCACUGCUUCUUCCUCCGGCUCCUCUGCCUCUGGCUCCGGCUCUUCCGGCACCGGCUCUGGCGCUUCUGCUUCCGGCUCCGGCUCCGGCUCUGGCUCCGUCUCUGGCAGCUGGGGUGGCCGUAACGGCACCUGGGGCAGCCACGGCAACGGCACUUACCCCGGCUUCCGCCCCUCCGCCAGCUCCGGUCUGACCCCCUCCGCCAGCGCUGCUGCCGGUAGCUCCGGCUCCUCCGGUUCCAGCUCCAGCUCCGGCUCUGGCUCCGGCUCCAGCACCGGCACCUCCGCUGCCGCCGCCUCUUCCUCCGGCCUCUUCACCGGUGGCUCCGGCCGUGUUCUCCCCGGCUCUCUCCUCGGUGCCGUCGUCGGCAUCCUCGCCCUGGCUGUCUUGUAA